AUGAGCACCUUUCUUUCACCUGAAAGCCUGGACAUUCUGGUUUCUGAUCCGAAGUGGCAGAAUGGACAUAUAGAGUACAAAAUAUGCAUAAGGAAAGUUACGGAUACAGAUGGAUUCAUUAGUGCCACCUAUCGUCGAUUUAGUGAGAUUUAUUUAGUCUUUAAAAGACUUCUGCAGUUGGAUCCUGAUGCCCAUUUGCCAAAUUUGCCUCAAAAAAAGAUGAUUGGAGCCACAGAUCCAGUUUUUGUAGAAAGACGUCGAAGGGAACUGGAAACAUUUUUCAAAGCGGUGUGUAAAAACAAGCUUUUGGUAGGUGAUAUUGCAUUGCUUUCUCUAGUAGGGUUUUCGGAUGCAAAAGCGGCGCUAGCUCAAAGGAGUGAAAAAGAAACUGUGGUAACCAGUGACAGUGUCGGAUGUAUAUUGACGUGGAUAUUGGGUGAUUUACCCACGUUAGAUACAGAAAAUAGUAUUCUGGCCACGCGUCAGUUUCUCCGCUCGACAAAGUACACACUGAGUUGCAUCUUGCCUCCACUCUCGUUUGGGCCCCCAAGACGUUUUUAUGCAUUAGUAAAAGAUGGCAAAGAUCCGUAUCUCUUAAGCGUGAUUCCCCUUCAUCCCGAACGAGGUUUGCAUUUAAACAAUAAUAAGCUUGCUGCCCGACUUUGUGGCUUCCUUUUACGCCCUCUAUUACCCUCUGUGUUUACACCAGUUGAGGCUCAUGCCGAUGGGAUUCGUGCUUACCUAAUACGCAAGGUUGUCAAGGGUGGUUCCAUCCGUGACCGUGCUUAUAAUGCUGAUUGGAGUACUGAGUCUGGACAAAAAUUCAGAGGAAAGGGUAAAGCUUUUUCGGUUGGUUACAUUGCACGUGUUGUAGAAGCAGCACUAUUAAUGGUGAAAGCUUUUCACUCCUCUCAGAUGUCGUGUCCUUUUUUAAGUUUGGGUAAAUGCUUUGAUGAUUCAAAUCAAAUAUUGUUUUCGGGAGUGGAGGAUAUUUUUUUGGGCAUUACGCGAUAUCCGGCUGUUUUGCCUCCGACCGAACAUACACAUGUAGAUGUUUUACUUGUAGGAGCUCUGGCCUUGGAGAUGGCUUUGGGGAGUCCCCUUGCGAAACAGAAAGAGUUGGGAUUAAUUACGGCGUAUAACGACCCCACAGAGGCCCUUGAAACGGACAGGAAGUCUCGUCUAAAACUUGUCAAUGAAUUGUUGGAAACUCUUCCUUCAUCUGUUCCUCAGGAGCUGGUCUCGUUUUUAAAAGCAACAUUUGAUCCUACCUGCAGAGUUGAAACUGACGUACUACUUCAGCACCCUUUUAUUACCCAGAGGCGCGCCAGAACACUUUGGAUGCGGCUUGGGAAAACCAAGGGGACGCCUUCAUCAGUUCAGCUCAAACGCAAGGAAGUAGAUAUGUUUUGUGAAGUUGCCGGUAAAUGGCAUAAUGCGGUAAAAAUGGCCAGUAUUCGUUUUAGUUAUGAGAAACAAAGUCGUUUCCUUCUUCGAGAAAUACGAAGGAAGAAAAGUAAUGGGUACCACUCUUCAGCAUCUGGGUCCUAUGCUUCAGAUGACAAUACUCCUCGACGAACUGUUACCUCUGAGGAGGUUGCUGUAGAGAAAGGGGAGGCAAUGGAAGCCCGGAAGACGGCGUUGCAGCCUCCGCCUGGUAUUCCUGCUCCUUCAGCUGGGGUGACGCGACCAUCCGAAGGGCCUCAGCGUUCGGCUUUAAGGGCGCACCUACCUCCCCUGCCACCUCCUCCUGUUCCGUUGCCACCACCACCACCACCAAAGCGCGUGGAUUUUGUCUCCUGA